GCACUCCCAGCCUUACCAUGUGCUGAUCCAGUUUGUUAUUUUCUUCUGACUAUAGGUGCGACAAUCUUCAAGACUGUCCCCUAUCCAUCUUUCUUUCUUUCCUUCUUUCUUUCGACACCACCAGGAGAGCAGUCUGGACCACUGGCUCCAAUACACAUUCUUUUCUCUUGAAUUUGCAGUUUCUUUGCUCUGGAGCAAGUCCUGUCUUUGCCGUAAUCAAUAUCACCCGCCUUCCAAAUCUAAAGGCUCCGUGAAGUCCAUUCGUUUCAUUCAUUCGCGAUGAGGAUAAUCCCAUCCGCGUUGAUCGCUCUGGGGUUCGGCUAUGGAGUGGUCGCAGCUCCCACUCUAAAGCAAGCCGAACGCCGAUCCUUCAAGGUUGAGACUGUCCGCCGGAGCAACACUAUCUACGGUCCAGCUGCUCUACGAAAGGCCUAUGUCAAGUACGGCAUUGUUGCUGCGGACAUCGGACUCGACCUAGAUGACUUUGAACCCAGCGUUAAGGUUGCUGCUGCGGCCGAUACUGACGCGGAAGUCGCUGAGCCCGACUUGACCGGUGCUGUCAGUGCCAAAUCUGUCGAGGGAGAUGCGUCUUUUGUUUCGCCUAUUACCAUUGGUGGCCAGGAACUCACCAUCACCUUUGACACGGGUUCGUCUGAUGUAUGGGUGGUGAACACACUGCUCCCCAAAGACUCUAUUGAAGGGCAAACGGCCUUUGACCCAUCAAAGUCCACUACGUACAAGAAAAUGACAGGGUCGACCUUUAACAUCACUUACGGAGACGACUCGUAUGCGUACGGUCCCGUUGGAACUGAUACAAUCAAUGUGGGAGGGGUCACAGUGACAGGUCAAGCAAUUGGCCUUCCUACUGCAGUUGCCUCAUCUAUCCUCGAAGACACCCACAGCAACGGCCUGGUGGGACUGGGUUUCAGCUCACUCAACACCGUCAAGCCCACACAGCAAAAGUCCUUUUUUGAAACAAUCGCCGGCGUCCUGGACGAGCCUGUCCUCAGCGCAUCUCUUGUGAGUGAUGGAGUCGGCGAGUACGAGUUUGGCACUGUCGACAAGUCCAAGUACAAAGGCAACCUCGUCAAUGCAACCGUUGAUUCUUCGGGUGGAUUCUGGAAAUUCGAGUCUUCAUACUACCGUGUUGGAGACGGCACGUUGAAGAAGCACGACGACGCAACUUGGACAAUCGCCGAUACGGGAACCUCGCUCAUGCUCCUCGAGCAGACCGUCGUAGAUGAGUACUAUGCACAGGUGCGAGGCGCGCAGUACGCAACCAGCGCCUCAGGCUACAUCUACCCCUGCAGCGCCGAGUUGCCCAACCUCUCCAUCGCCAUCGGCCCUCAGCAUCUGGCGACAGUACCUGGUAAUUUGAUUAAUUUCUCGGAAGUUGGCACCAACACCACCACCGGGGAAGCUGUCUGCUACGGAGGUGUCCAGUCCAACUCGGGUCUUGACAUGCAAAUUCUAGGCGAUGCUUUCCUGAAAGCCUUCUAUGUUGUCUUUGACCUGCGUGGCCCGUCGAUCGGCGUUGCGUCUCCUGUCUGAUCGAAUUAUCUCGUUCGUUUCUCCUAGCUCUUGAGCCAUCUUAAUGGAUACUUAAUCAAUAUAGAGCUUCGUGUUGCUA